CAAACCCUUGUGGACGGAACCCUGGUCUGAUCCUCGCUUCGUCUUUUCGAUUUAGAUCAUUUAGCGGUGGCAGCAGUUGUCGAUGUUCCCGAUGAGGGUGGGGGAGUGGAUCGAGCGCGGGGGAAGCCCCUGGCGGGAUCAGGCUCGGGCGCUGCAGCUCCGCAUCCGGGACCGUUUCCGGGUGGCGGUGGAUCGCCGCCGCCGGUGGCACGUCGAGUCCGAUUAUUCUAUGACCCUACAGCGGUGGUUCCGCCGCAUCCUGAGCGUGUGGGCGGAUCAAUCCCCUGGUGCUCUCGCUUCGCCUGUGAGGUUCUACCGUAAGAAAGUUGACAAGGAUGCUCAUGUGAAUGGUGACUCAACUUUUGUUCGUAUGCUUCAAGCUUUGGCUGUUCCUUUUAUCGGCAAUGCUUGCUAUGUUUUUAUGCAUGGCCUCAAUGAUGUCAAGAUAUAUGGUGCAGAAAAGUUACAUCAGGCUCUAAAGCAAAGACCUGAAGGCAAGUCCCUUCUAACGGUUAGCAAUCAUGUAGCAGCUGUGGAUGACCCACUUGUGAUUGCUUCUUUGCUUCCACCAAGUGUCAUGUUGAAUGCUCAUGAUUUAAGAUGGACUCUUUGUGCAACUGAUCGUUGUUUUAGGAAUCCAAUGCUCUCUGCAUUCUUUCAUUGUCUCAAAGUUCUACCUGUUUCACGUGGUGAUGGUAUCUAUCAAAAGGGAAUGGAUACUGCUUUAUCCAAGCUGAACAAUGGUGGAUGGGUUCAUAUAUUUCCAGAAGGAAGUCGAUCUAGAGAUGGUGGAAGAACCAUGGGUGAUGCUAAGAGAGGAGUUGGGAGACUGGUGAUAGAUGCGGACACUGUACCUACUGUUAUUCCCUUUGUCCACUCUGGAAUGCAAGAAAUCAUGCCUAUAGGAACAAACUUUCCAAGGAUUGGAAAGCAGGUGACAGUGCUUAUAGGGGAUCCAAUUUUCUUGGAUGAUUUGCUCAUUGAUAAGGAUGAUCCCCAACAUGUUUCCACUGGAAUUUUAUAUGAUGCUAUCACAUCAAGGAUUGGUCGUCAACUCCAAGAGCUGAAGGUCCAAGUAGAUAGACUGGCACUGGAACAGCGAUUGGAAGUCAGGGACUGCUAUUCUGUACAUGAUAGAGAACAUGGUUGUGGAAUUUGGCAGCAGGUUGAUUGGGAAGCAUUUGGUAUUGAAAACUACAUGCUGGAGGAACGUUCACAGAUAAGUAGUGGAGUAGCAGAUGAUCAGCCCAUGCGAAUACAUGACCGAUCCCACACAACAAAUUCUCCUCGGGUUAUUAGGAUGGGGUUCUUUGAUGAAGGUGGCAUCAUCUCCAGAAUUCGAGGUUAUAUGAAUCCGUCUGAGCUAAUGGGAUUUGCUGCUAGAGGAUUGUUUAUAAAUGGCAGGAUAAGGGACGAGAGCCGUGAAAUUGUUCGAGAUGUGAGUCCACUGAAGGCCUGGAAACAAUUUCUUGAAGGGAACAUGUUCCAACAAUGGAACCGGUUGUGAUCCCGGUCAAGUUUAUGUAGAUUUUAACUGCAACAUUACAUCAAGAUCCGCAGAGGAGAGCAGUGUGCUGCCUGUGGCUAAUCUUGAUAUGUUGUUCUUAUAAAUUUUGAUGUUCUUUAUUCAGUUUGGCUGAUUUUAGUCGUUUGAAUGCCAUGAUGCUGAUCCAAAUAAAAUUGUUUCGGAAGAACAAGUGUAUUUGGCUUUCAAUUAUCUUGAAAAAUGCAACUUUAUUUAUUUUU